AUGUCUUCAUCUUCAAGCAGAACAGACCUCGAAAAGGCCCCCGAAACACACAUCACCCCGAGAGAGUAUGACUCCGAGAAGGAAUCCAUCUCCCCGCAGCCUUCAACGCUCGAGGGUCAACCACUCGAGAAACCACCGCAUCACAUUUUCACACGUUCCCGCAAAUUGGAGAUGGUUUGCAUCGUCUCGCUAGCCGCCAUCUUCUCCCCCCUCUCCUCAAACAUCUACUUCCCCGCGCUCGACGAGGUGUCGAAGUCCCUCAACAUCAGCAUGUCCCUGGCAACCCUCACAAUCACGGUGUACAUGAUCGUCCAAGGCCUGGCGCCCAGCUUUUGGGGUUCAUUGUCAGACGCAACUGGUCGACGUCCAGUCUUCAUUGGAACAUUCAUCGUUUACCUAAUAGCAAACAUUGCUCUCGCUGAGUCCAAAAACUAUGGCGAGCUGAUGGCCUUCCGAGCUUUGCAAGCUGCCGGCAGUGCGGCCACCAUAUCAAUCGGCGCCGGGGUCAUCGGUGAUAUCACAAAUUCACAGGAACGAGGAAGCUUAGUGGGCAUCUUCGGCGGAGUUCGCAUGCUUGGACAGGGAAUCGGGCCAGUCUUUGGUGGUAUUUUCACCGACUAUCUCGGGUAUCGAUCCAUUUUCUGGUUUCUCACGAUAUUCGGAGGCGUGAGUCUAGUGUCCAUACUGAUCCUCCUUCCGGAGACAUUGAGGCCUAUUGCUGGAAAUGGCACUGUUAAGCUCACUGGAAUUCACAAACCAUUCAUUUACAUGAUCACGGGCCAGAAGGGUGCCAUCGAGGGUGCGGAGCCGGGAGUGAAGAAGACAAAAGUCACCUGGCGCGCCGUGCUUGCUCCUCUGACAUUCCUCAUCGAGAAGGAUGUUUUUAUAACCCUCUUCUUCGGAAGUAUCGUAUACACUGUGUGGAGCAUGGUGACGUCAAGUACCACAGACCUCUUCAGCGAAGUUUAUGGCCUGUCCUCCUUGCAGAUUGGAUUGACAUUCCUGGGCAAUGGGUUCGGAUGCAUGUCGGGAUCGUACUUGGUCGGAUACCUCAUGGAUUAUAACCACCGCUUGACUGAGCGCGAAUACUGCGAGCAACACGGAUACCCAGCUGGCACGCGUGUCAAUCUGAAAUCCCACCCAGACUUCCCCAUUGAGGUUGCCCGGAUGCGCAAUACUUGGUGGGUGAUUGCCAUCUUUAUCGUAACCACGACUGGGUUUGGGUUCUCCCUGCGCACGCACCUCGCGGUCCCCAUCAUCUUGCAAUACUUUAUUGCUUUCUGCUCAACCGGAAUCUUCACCAUUAACAGCGCGCUGGUCAUUGACCUUUAUCCGGGAGCCAGCGCCAGUGCGACGGCAGUCAACAAUCUGAUGCGGUGCUUGAUGGGAGCCGGUGGUGUGGCUGUAGUGCAGCCGAUAAUCGACGCCUUGACCGCGGAAUGGACCUUCCUCCUGCUGGCUGGUAUCACUCUUGUGAUGACCCCGUUGCUGUAUGUGGAAGAUCGAUGGGGCCCAUCCUGGCGACAUGCUCGCGAGCGGAGACUGAAAGCGAAGGCCGAUGCCAGUGCGAAUUAGAGUAAAGAUGUCAAAAUGAUUAAAGUGUGACCGUGAUAGCCAGUAUUGUUGGUGUUGGUAUGGUUUUCUCCUCCAAUGUAGCCGAUGUCCGGGGUCAGACAGCUUGGGGUGGGUGGGGGUAG